UUACUUGAAUCGCAUGAGGAUGCAGCUAGAAUGUGUGUUCAUCUGUCGUUUGAUUCUGACUCGGUUCCUCGAGGCUCGGGUGAUGACGGGAGGCUGUUUCCUCACUCUGUCGGCGGGCAGUACAGCUACUGAUUCUCGGUGGGCUGGCGGAGAAAUCAGCGACUUCGACUUGAUUGAAGAUGGAAGAGAAAUCUUUUCUCUCUUCACUUCUGCAGGCAAACGGAUGAAGAUGCGGAUUGCUCGGCAGUCUCCUUCGGAUCCGUUAGAGUGUUCGGUGGAACACAGAGUAAUCUCAACUCGUCCAGCGAGAUGGAGAUUGUAUGGCCACAGUUUCAAGUCGGACGUUACUUCCUUGUGCCACGAGGCUACACCUGAGAGCAGCGAUGAGCUGCAUCUACGCACGGCGAGCAAAGUUGCUGGAAGCAAAUCCUGGAAGCAUUUCAGAGAGAGAGAGAGUUUAGCACAGAGGUUUCCAGUUAUUGGUUUGGAAGCCUGUGGCAUCAUAAACACAAGAGUGGACAUUUCUGAGAUCAAAGAAGUCCGCCAAUGGGAGACAUUCAAGGAUUUCAAGAAAUUUAACGAGAACAAGGGAAGCAAAUUUCGAAGAACCAUUUGGCAAGAUGUUCAGCAGGACAGCAAAAUCUGUUUCACCAUCUUCUAUGGAUCUGAGUUUAUUCUAAAAUCACUAAGUAUAAGCACUGAUUCAGUGGAGGAUGCAGAAAAAUGGCUGACAGGACUGGAGUUACUCACACAGGAGACACUGGCGGCUCACACACCCGAGAUCAUACAGAGUUGGUUGUGGAAGCAGAUGUGCUUUGUUGAUAAGACAAAGAAAAACAGUAUCUCCCUGAAAGAGCUCAAGUCUCUUUUGCCACAGAUUAACUUUACAGUACAAGGUGGUAAUAUUCUGGAGAACAGUUUUGAGAUGGUGGAUUUUGAGAAGUUUCGUAAAUUCUACAAUCUUCUGAUGUUUGAAAACCAGAAGAUGAUACUAAAAGAGUUUGAUAAGGGUCCUGCAGCCUUCAUAAUGAGGAACACUGAUAAGCCUGAUUCAUCUGCAGUUUCGCUCUACGACUUUCAACUAUUCCUUUUAUAUCAGCAAAGAGAGGCUUGGGCUAAAAAUUGUAAUCAGGUACAAGAGUUGAUGACCAUAUUCAGUGAUGAUACCUUGAGGAAAACCAAUGACCCAAAGUUUACUAUUGGAGAGUUCCUCAGUUUUCUCUUCUCCAAAGAAAACUCUAUUUGGGAUGAGAAGUUCUCAGAGAUAUGUCCACUGGAAAUGAACAACCCUCUGUCUCACUACUGGAUCAACUCUUCACAUAACACAUAUUUAACUGGUGAUCAACUGCGCAGUGAGUCAUCAACAGAAGCUUAUGUACGCUGCCUGAGGCUGGGUUGUCGCUGCAUUGAGUUGGACUGCUGGAACGGUCCAGAGGAACCUGUAAUAUACCAUGGUCGGACCAUGACCUCCAAGAUAAAGUUUAGAGAUGUGGUGAAGGCUGUCAACGAGCAUGCUUUUAAAACAUCUGAGUACCCUGUGAUACUGUCCAUUGAGGAACACUGUGAUAUAACGCAACAGAAAAUGAUGGCUGAGAUGUUACGGGAUGUGUUCCAAGACAAACUCCUGACCAAGCCAUUGGAACCAGAUGCAGAUCAACUGCCUUCACCAAACCAGCUGAAGGGCAAAAUCAUCAUCAAGCACCAGAAAACACAAGAGAGCGAUCACACCAUUAAGCUUGAGGAUGAAAAAGGAAACACAUCUGUGAAAACAGCAUUCGGCAGCUUCAGAAAAAUUCGAAACACUUACAGGGAAAUGCAGAUUAGAAAAGAUAAAGGAAGCAGAAGAAUGGAAAAGGAAGGAGAGCUUUACAUUUGGGAUCCGAUUGAUAAGAGGUUUUACAAGCAUGACUGUGUGAUCUCAGAUAAUAAGCUGUACUAUUCUGAGGAGAAAAAGCAGGACAAUCCUGAGAACAUUCAGGACAUUUAUGAGUCACACUUGUCAGAGCCCUGGUUUCAUGGACGGUUGGUUGGUGGCAGACUGACCGCAGAAAGACUACUGCGUGAUUUCUGUGAAGGGAGCAAUAGAAAAGAUGGAACCUUCCUGGUGCGAGAGAGUGACAAGUUUAUCAGAAACUACAGUAUCUCCAUCUGGAAGAUGGGGAGAAUUCAGCACUGUAGAAUCUUCUUUUCCCCGGAAAAUGGUCACACUUUCUCCUUCUUUGGAGGCAAGCUAUGCUUUCCAAGUAUGCGUGUCUUGAUCCAGUAUUACAGACAAAACCUGUUUGAGUACAGUGGAUUAAACUUGCACCUCACAGGUUUCCUGCCUCGGCCCAAUUUUGUGCCACAACCCCACAUGGGGUGGUUUUACAGUAACCUGAGUCAAGUUGAGGCAGAGGACUAUCUGUUGAGGAUCCCUCGAGAUGGAGCCUUCCUCAUCAGACAAAGAAAAGAGCCUGGCACCUUUGCCCUCUCCAUCAGAGUUGAAGGGGAUAUCAAUCAUUAUCUGAUUAACAAAGAUGGCAUCAAGUAUGUGCUGGCAGAAGCCUACGAGUUUUUUAGCCUUGAGGAGAUGGUCAGCUAUUUUCGAGAGGAGCCUUUCAACGGCAAGAUAAAGCUACGUUACCCUGUAACACCAGAAUUAGUGGAACGCUGUGUGGAGGAUCUCUUUACGUAUGAUAUUGAGCAGAAAAGGGAGGUUGCUGAAGAUAAUCCUUUAGGUGAUCAAUGUGAAGGUGUGGUGGACAUCUCUAAGUGUAAUGUUGCAUGCAAAGCCAAACAUGCAAGACCCCUUGUGGUAACACUGUUGAAUAAGGAAAGUCUGAUCCUACUUGAGUUCACGUCGGAAAUCUUAGAGCAGGUGGAUGAAUGGUACCAGGUGAUUCUGAGCAUCAUCCAAAGAGAGCAGAAUCUGGAGAAAGCGUCCAGAACCAAAAUAUCUGUUGAGAUGUCAGACUUGGUGGUAUACUGUCAAUCCAUCAAAAAGAAGACUUUUGAAAAAUACAGCUACAAAGAGGUCCACUCCGUUCCGGAUAAUAUGAUUCCAAAAGAAGACAACAUUCUGGAGUAUAACCAGAAAGCACUCACCCGUGUUUAUCCCUCCAGUAGCCGGGUUGAUUCCUCCAACUUUGACCCUUGUCCUUCAUGGAAAUUAGGCUGCCAAAUGGUGGCUCUCAACUUCCAAACUGCUGGCAGAAACUUAAAUCAGCUAAACCUUUUAAAGACUGUAAAAAGAUGGACCAAUGAAGCAGAGCUGGAACUACAAGCCUGCUUUGACUGCACUGAUUGGAGUGUUUUUGAAGUUGCAGACACCAAUCUGGAUGAGCUGACAGAUAAUGUGACAUCAUAUAUCAGUUUCUGUGAGGAUAUGUGCAUUCCUAUUAAGACUUAUUUAAUGUUCAACAAUGACAAACCAUGGUUUACAGGAAAACUCAGACAGCUUUGUCAUGCCAAAGAGGAUGCUUACAGAAGCGGGGAUAAAAUCUUGUACAAUCAGGCCAAAAACACACUGACUAAGGAAAUUAAAGUGGCUAAAAGAAGCUAUUCUGAGAAGCUGAAAAGCAAGUUUUCAGCUAACGACACUGCAUCAGUGUGGAGAGGCCUAAAAGACAUUACUAACUUCAAGACACAUCCCCCAACACUGUAGGGAACCAACAAAUGGCUGACGACUUGAAUAUGUUUUACUAUAGAUUUGAAAAGCCCAGUCUCACACCCCACACCUGCUCUGACCUUCAUUUCACACAAACACCAAUACCUCCAGCAACUAUCCUCCUCCCCCCUCCCUGCUACUCAACCUGCACUUAAGAUCUCUGAAGAGAAGGUGUGCCGGUCUUCCGGAAACAAAAGACAAGGAAAGCACAGGGCCCAGAUUGUGUUUCACCCACCGUCUAAAAUCCUGUGCUGACCAGCUGGCCCCCUUCUUCACACAGAUCUUCAACAGAUCACUGGAGCAGUGUGACGUUCCCUGCUGCUUCAAAUGCUCCACUAUCAUCCCUGUCCCAAAGAAACCCAAGAUCAAAGGACUUAAUGACUACAGUCCCAUCACUCUGACGUCUGUGGUCAUGAAGUCAUUUGAGAGACUGAUGUUGGCCCACCUGUAGGACAUCACUGGACCCCUUCAAUUUGCUUAUAGAGCAAACAGGUCUGUGGAUGAUGCAGACAUGGGAAUGCAUCAUAUCCUGCAACAUCUGGAAAGACCAGGGACAUAUGCAAGGAUACAUUUUGUGGACUUCAGUUCGGCUUUCAACACCAUCAUCCCAGCUCUCAUAUGGAAUAAAUUAACCCAGCUCUCUGUUCCUACGUCUAUCUGUCAGUGGAUCACCAGCUUUCUGAUAGACCGGCAGCAGAUAGUGAGACUGGGGAGAUUCACCUCCAGCACAUGUACGAUCAGCCCCCCAGGGAUGUGUGCUCUCCCCACUACUCUUCUUCCUGUACAACAACUGCACCGCCAAGGAUCCCUCUGUCAAGCUUCUGAAGUUUGCAGACGACACUACUGUCAUCGGCCUCAUCCAAGAUGACAAUGAGUCAACAUACAGAAGGGAGGCUGAACGGCUGGCUCACUGGUGCGGUCAAAACAACCUGGAGCUGAACAUGCUCAAAACGGUGGAGAUGAAAGUGGACUUUAGAAGGAACACCCCAACAUUGACCCCGCACACCAUUAUGAACUACACUGUGGCAGCAGUGGAGUCAAUCAGGUUCCUGGUCACUGCCAUCUCACAGGACCUGAAGUGGGAGACCCACAUUGACUCCAUUGUGAAAAAGGCCCAGCAGAGGUUGUACUUCCUUCGCCAGCUGAGGAAGUUCAACCUGCCACAGGCACUGCUAAUCCAGUUCUACUCAGCAGUCAUUGAGUCUGUCCUCUGCACUUCAAUAACUGUCUGGUUUGGUUCAGCCAUGAAAUCAGACAUCAGAAGACUACAAAGGACAGUUCGGACUGCUGAGUGGAUUAUUGGUUGCCCCUUGCCCUCCCUUCAAGAACUGUACACUUCCAGAGUGAGGAAAAGGGCUGGUAAAAUAACUCUGGACCCCACUCACCCAGCCCACUACCUUUUUGAACUGUUGCCUUAUGGCCGACGCAAUAGAGCACUGAGCACCAGAAUCGUCAGGCACAAGAAAGUUUUUCCCUCAGGCUAUCCAUCUCAUGAACAGUUAUGAGUCUUAUAUAAGUAACUGUAUUCCACUACAGUUACAAUUUAAAUCAUUGGCAAUUAGAAUACAGUUACAUUCAAAAAGUAUUUUGAUUACUGAAGAGAUUACUUUGCAUUAUAUUGUCAGAAACAACACUGCAUAAGAUAUUUAGGUUUUUCAGAGAAUGUAUUUUUAACAUGUGUAUUUUGUCUUACUGUACUGGCAGAGUUUUUAUAGUCAAAACAAGUGAAAAAAUCUACCAGUGCUGAAGAAGUAAUCCAAAGUAUUUAGAAUACGUUACUGACCUUGAGUAAUCUAACGAAAUACAUUACAAAUGACAUUUUACAGCAUGUAUUCUGUAAUCUGUAGUGGAAUACAUUUCAAAGUAACCCUCCCAACCCUGACUGUAUAUAACAGAUUUGUAUUUGUACAUACUAUAUAUAUAUUUUUGUCUUAUUGUGUACUUCUAUAUAUACUUAUAUUUCUAUUCGCUCUUUAUUUUUAUUCUAAUUUUUUAUUAUCCCUGUCUUGUUGUUGUAUUGUUUGUGCACUGGAAGCUUCUGUCACCAACAAAAAUUUCCUUGUAUAUGGAAGCAUACUUGGCAAUAAAACUCAUUCUGAUUCUGA